GACUUUCUUUCUAUACUUGUGUGCUAUAGAUGAUUAGAAAUAAAACACGUCAUCUUACAGGUGUAUUUAAAAAAGGAAAUAAAAACAGAACAUUGCAUUUUGGGGUAGGACAGAAUCACAGGAAGCUUUAAACUGGUUAGAAGACAACAAAUUUUCUCUACCUGGUCAGUUGCUGUAACUUCGGAGGAUGCUGUCAGAAGGUUACCUUUAUGGAAUCGCCUACCUUUGUGAAGACCUGAACCCUGAGCUCUACAGCAAGAGUUCAGCUGAGGAAGUGGUGUGUGAAAUGAGGUCCAUUAAUUAUUCUUCCAUGGAUGAAGGGCAAGGAAAAAGUCUCCUUCAGAGGUGCAGAUCUUCUGGCAAGUGCAUUUCCUCAGUCUGCCCUAGAGGUAGCAAACACAGCAGAAAGCAGAAGGAUAAUCUACAGCCUAUAGACCACCCCGUGCCCUCCGGGCAGCCAUCUCCAGCUGUGCAUGUCUGCGAAGGGCCGACAAGAAAAGACACCUACCUGGUUCCAUCUUCCUGCAAAAGCAUUUGCAAGAACUACAACGAUUUGCAUAUAGCCGGGGACUACGUGGUGCCGAUUAGCUCAGUCACGACAGAUUUUACCUGCGACAGCGGCAUAGGGCCCUUCUUGGAGUCCUCAGAGAUUCCUCCCCCCAUGGAGUCCGUGAGGGUCCCCCCCUCCAGCGACACGAGCCGUAAGCCGGCCCAAGGCUACUCCUCAUGCUGGCGGCUGGCGAGCUUAGUGCCCCACCAGCAGCCCCUCUCCGACUCAGCCCUGAACGACUACCUCGAACAGAAGCUGGUGGAACUGUAUAAGCAAUAUAUCAUGGAUAGCACAGCAAACAGGGCAUCCCCCACUCAGAUCCUGGCCUCGGAGCUUAUCAUGACUAACGUAGAUCAAAUCAGCAUGCAGAUAUCACGGGAGAGGAAUAUGGAGACCACCAAGGCCAAAGACAUUGUCAUUAGCCGUUUCUUACAAAUAGCCAGUGAAAAAAUAUCCUCAGAAAUUAGCACACCCAGCCUGCAUAUUUCCCAAUACAGCCACACUAAUGCAUAGUAUUUGAAAGCCUGCUGUUAGAAAACUUUUAUGUUCUGCAAAGUCAAUUUUUAGUUUCUUAAGACAUUUUUCUGCUUCAUAAAAAUGCAUUUACCAUCUACCACUUGAAUUAAGCCUUCCAGUACAUAUUAAAUAAGUAAAAAUAUCUGAACUGUGUAGCCCCUAUUGUGGACCAGAUGAUUUAGUGUUUGUUGUUUUUUUUUUUUUAAAAAAAAAAAGUUUUUCCCUGCAGGCUUAUUUUAGUAAGCAUCAGACAUUAAAAACAUUUUGCAGAAAAAUGACUAAGAGCCCAUGACACUUUUCCCGGUGCUCACAUGUUUGCUUUCUUCCCCACGUGCUUGACAUAUCACUUCAACUUUCCUCUGUCUGGAGUCUGCCAUCCUACCCCUGGGUCUGUGUGAAGGCUUACACCCACGCAAGUGCCAGCACAGUGAUGGCAGAGCCACAGAAACACAGAAUUGAGAAUGUCAGCUAGUUCAUCUGCCUGCUCCACAUGGCUUUACAUAUGACAUCCCUCACAGAAGCUUUUAUAAUUUAUUCUUAAAGAUACUAAGGGGAUAGACACUUUAUGGUUUCUUCUAUACUAACCCUAAUUAUUUAAUUGGUGUCUUCCUGUUCAGAAUUUACCACCCCUUCUUGCAAAGCACAAACUCUGUUUCCAAACAGACUUCAUCAGUAGGAGCGUGCGUGUGUACCCGUGUGCUUUGCACUGAACUGAACUGUUACAAGGGACGCUGGUGAUCCGUGAGCACAGACAGACACCACCUUUGCCAGCUACUUACAGACCCGCAGCUGCGAGGUGGUCGUGUAGGGACAGCGAGGAUCAUAAAGGGGCAAGAGGAGGAAGAAUUCACCUUUGCUGAGAGAAUUGCACAUGGAAAAAUAAGGGCUAAUCCAAAGCCCAUGAUAAAUGCAAACAGUUCAUUUGAAUGCAGAAGGAAAGCUGAAAUGGAACGCUCAGUGGCAUGGCUAACCACUUCUUUUGCUACGAUCUAUGUAUCAUAGGUCAAGGUCAUUUGAACCUGAUAUGUAUUUCUAAUAGGAAGGUCCUUUUUUGUAAAAUUUCACCAAAUCUUAAGACAAAAAAGAGCUGCCUUGUGGCAAGGAUGGUUACCUACUUUGAGUCUGUAUAAUGUGUAACAUAUUGUCAAUGCCAAUCCAUCACUGGUUGAGUUUCUAAGUAUCAGUAUAAUAUAAAUACUAAUUUAUAAUAAAUAUUUGUAAAAUGUU